AUGGAGGAAACGGGCGAACCCAUCAAGCGCGAUGUUCGCAACCACAUGCUCUUCGAGGUGGCUACUGAAGUAGCCAACCGAGUGGGCGGGAUCUACUCGGUCCUCAAGUCCAAAGCUCCCGUCACCACCGCGGAAUACGGUGAGCGCUACACUCUGAUCGGCCCACUCAACAAGGCUUCGGCCGCGGUGGAGGUUGAGGAGCUGUCGCCUGCCAACCCGGCGCUGCGGGACACUAUCCAGUCUAUGAAGGACCGUGGUAUUGAGAUUGUCUACGGUCGCUGGCUUAUCGAGGGCGCCCCACGGGUGCUGCUCAUUAACACGGGGACCGGUUACAGGUGGUUGGACGAGUGGAAGGGCGAUCUUUGGACUAGUUCGGCUAUUCCGUCCCCCGCUAGCGAUCAUGAAACCAAUGAGGCCAUCGUGUUUGGAUACUUGGUCGCUUGGUUCUUGGGAGAGUACAUUGCUCAUGACCGUCGUCGGGCGGUCAUUGCCCAUUUCCAUGAAUGGCUGGCUGGUGUAGCUCUGCCAUUGACCAAGAAGCGUCACAUGGACUUGACAACCGUUUUCACCACCCACGCGACAUUGUUGGGUCGUUACCUCUGCGCUGGCUCGGUUGAUUUCUAUAACAACCUCCAGUACUUUGACGUGGAUGCGGAGGCCGGAAAGCGUGGGAUCUACCACCGCUACUGCAUUGAGCGGGCUGCCACUCACGCCUGCGAUGUCUUCACCACUGUGUCGCAUAUCACGGCGUUUGAAAGUGAGCAUUUGCUGAAGCGCAAGCCCGAUGGUGUGCUCCCCAAUGGUCUGAACGUCAAGAAGUUCUCCGCCAUGCACGAGUUCCAGAACUUGCACUCUCAGGCCAAGGAGAAAAUCAACGACUUUGUUCGUGGUCAUUUCUACGGUCAUAAUGACUUUGACUUGGAUAAUACUCUAUACCUGUUCACUGCGGGUCGGUACGAAUUCCGUAACAAGGGUGUCGAUAUGUUCAUUGAGGGGCUGGCCCGUCUCAACCAUCGACUGAAGACCGCUGGAUCGACUAUGACUGUGGUCGCAUUCAUUAUCAUGCCUGCACAGACUUCCUCGUUGACAGUGGAAUCGCUGAAGGGACAGGCUGUUGUGAAGUCCCUGCGUGACACCGUCGAGAACAUCGAAAAGGGCAUUGGCAAGCGCAUGUAUGAGCGCUGCCUUGCCUGGAAGGAAGGCGACAACAUGCCCGACGAGAAAGAUCUCAUCACUAGCCAAGAUCGCGUGAUGCUCCGUCGUCGUCUGUUCGGCAUGAAGCGCCACGGUCUUCCUCCCAUUGUCACCCAUAACAUGCACAAUGACCACGAGGAUCCGAUUCUGAACCAGUUGCGCCGCGUGCAGCUGUUCAAUCACUCCUCCGACCGCGUGAAGGUUGUCUUCCACCCCGAAUUUCUCAACUCCGCCAACCCCGUAUUGCCGCUUGACUACGAUGACUUCGUCCGUGGAACCCAUCUGGGUGUCUUCCCGUCCUACUACGAGCCGUGGGGAUAUACUCCUGCCGAAUGUACCGUGAUGGGUGUGCCUAGCAUCACCACCAACCUGUCUGGAUUCGGUUGCUAUAUGGAGGAAUUGAUUGAGAAUUCCUCGGACUAUGGAAUCUACAUUGUUGACCGUCGCUCCAAGGGCGUUGAUGACUCCGUCAACCAAUUGACCGACUUUAUGUUCAACUUCACGGAGAAGAGUCGCCGCCAACGUAUUAACCAGCGUAACCGCACAGAGCGUCUGAGCGAUUUGUUGGAUUGGAAGCGAAUGGGUCUUGAAUACGUCAAGGCCCGCCAGCUGGCACUGAGGAGAGCUUACCCGUCCUCCUUCGAGGGCCAGGAAGAGUACUUCGACAUCAUUGGCGGGACAGAGCAGAAGGUCUCCCGCCCACUGUCAGUUCCAGGAUCCCCUAGGGAUAGGUCCGGAAUGAUGACGCCCGGUGACUUUGCCUCUCUGCAGGAAGGCCACGAGGGGCUGAGCACCGAGGAUUAUAUUGCCUGGAAGCUGCCUGAAGAGGAAGAGCCCGAAGAGCACUUCCCCCUGACACUACGAACCCGUAAGGUGACUGACCGGGCUGCCUCACCUUUGGACAGUAUAUCGGUCAAUGGCCCCCAACCCAGUGAGAGUCCGGAAUAG